AUGUUCUGUAGCUACUACCCUUUAGAUCCUGUUGCAUGUGUAUAAAAGACUCAUGGAAUAGCAUGUAAAUUUGGCUAUAAAUAUUUCAAGGUCAAUUUAGUUUUUUCGAAAAUCAAUGCAUAGAAGUUAAAAGUAAUUCAUUAGGAUGUGAGCCCACAUUAAAUCUAUAGGCUUGUAUAAUGUAAAAACAGAAUUUAAGUGGAGAUGAAGUUUAAUGUAAUAAUCUAGAUUUAAUGAGUAAGGUUUUUUUGGAAAGAAAUGUAUUGAUGCCAAUGAAUUUCAUUUGAGACAUCUAGAAUGUAAGGAUCACUUUUCUAUUUAUGGUUGUGUAAAUAUCUAACAAAAAUAAUGUUAUUGGAGUGGAACAACUUGUUCUUAAUAUAAGGGUCCCAUUCCUUCUGAUAAUGAUUGCUCUUAAAUUUUCAAGACUGCUGUUGCCCCUGAACUAUGUUCCCAGAUUUAGGAGAUUCCAUGUAUAAUAUUUAGUAAAAUACUGCUAGGUUAUAAUAACGGAUUUAAAGGUGGAUAUUUAUGUGAAAAUGUGACUGAUAGUAUGCUUCAAGUGAUAACUUGUGAAACUUCUGGAUUGAACUAAGUAGCUUGCACAUCUAUCAAGACUCCUGGAUAGAAAUGUAAGUAUUAUUUAAAGGAUUAGGUAUUUUUUAACAUGGGAUAUGUCGAUAAUUUGAGUAAAAAGAUGAAAUUAGUUGUUUAUAAUUAUUAAAUGAAGAAGCUUGUCUUGGAAUUUCAAAUCCAGCUGUCAAAUGUGCUUGGAAAUAGACAGGUUGUUAGAUUUAUGAAGUUAAGGAUGACACUAAAUGUUCAGAUGUUUCAAACAUUAAUCCAAGUGUUUGUAUGUCAAUGUAAGAAUUAUGUGAAUAUGAUAAAUAAACAAAGACAUGCAAACCAAUUACAACUUUAAAUAAUAUUGGUUGUAAGACAAAAGGAUUAAGCAAAAAUGGAUGUAUAUAAAUAUAAGAUGAAAAAUGUAAUUAAAUAUCAAUUAUAUUUAGGUAUAUUCAAUGAUUAAUUGGGAUGUCAUGAAUUAACUGAAGAUCAAUUAAAGAUGACUUUAUGUGAAGAUAAUGUUAAUGAAAAUGCAUGUAUUAAUAUCACAACUCCAUAUUAAAAUUGUUAAUGGAAUGGACAAAAAUGUUAGAGAAUUAUCAUCAAUUAAGACUUAGAUUGUCCUUUGCCAUUGAUUGAUAAUGUUGCAUAUAAAGUAAAUGGAAAUGUUUGUUAAUCAAUAUCUAAAAAUGGUGUUGGUUGUAAAUAUGAUUAAAAUCUUCAUUUAUGUGUAAAGAGUUCUGGAUUUGAAAAUUGCACAACUCCAUAUAUUAAUUUAUUUGCUUGUGUUAGUAUACAAUAGUAAAUAUCUUGUAAAUGGAAUGAAUAAAUAGGUUAAUGUGAGAAUGUAGAAGUUAUAGAAUUAAGUACAAAUUGUAGUGAAUUAAGAUUCUCAAAUCCAAAAGCUUGUUCAUAAGUUACUGAAUUUAAGAAUAAUAAAUUUAUUGGUUGUUAUUAUAAUGAAGAUACUUCACUUUGUACAGAGAUUAGUCUCAUAAGUUUAAUUGAUAUGGAAUGUGAAUAAAAGGGAUUAAAUAAGCAUGGAUGUACAAUGAUAAGCAAAUUAGGAUAGAGAUGUAGAUGGUAUAGAAAUGAAUGUACAAAAAUAAAGAGUAAAGAAUCACUUGCACUUGUAAAUUGUAUAGAAUUAUAAUUUGUUAAUCCUGCUAUUUGUGCAUUGGUAACAGCCAAUUCUGAACCUUGUAAAUAUAACUCUGAUGCUUUUGGAUGUGUAAAUAGUGUUAAUUAUAGUGACACAGGUGAUCAUUGCAUAACUCCUGGAUUAAAUGCUUUUGCAUGUUCUUAAAUUACAAGAAGUAAAACAGGAUGCUACUUUGAUAAGAUUAAUAAUAUUUGUGUAACUGCACCUGAUAGUAAAUCUGUUUAAGAAAUUGAUAUAAUUGCUUCAAAUGAAUUAUUAACAACAGCUAAAUGUGUUGCUAGUUCUCCAACAUUAAAUAUUUGUAUGGCCAUAAAAACAUUAGGAGAAUCUUGUAUUUGGAAUACUAGAUAAUCUAAAUGUAGUUAUAACUCAGUUUAAAUAAAUGAAAAAUGUUUAGAUUAUAAUACUUAAGAAAAAUAGAAGACUUUAGCAGGAGCAGAAGUUUAUGUAAAUGAAAAUGUAUGUGCCAGUAUUGUAAUGAACUUUGUAAUAUAUAAUUUAUUUAUAUUUAUAGCCUAAUCAUGAUCCAGUAAAGGGUAAGAAAGUAGAUAUACUUAGAGGUUAUUGUGAAUAUAAUGGAAAAGGAAAUUGUAUCUUAUAUUAAGAUAAACCUUGUACUGAAAAGUGUUGUACUAGUGUUUCAGGUAUCAAUGCUCAUGUGUGUAGUAGAUAUACAGAUUAAUCAGUAUAUUGUUAUUUUAAUGAAUUCAAUAAAUGUGUUCAAUUAACUGAUAAUUAAACAGAUUUAACAUCAAUAACAGCAGUUAAAGAUUAUUAUAACUUUAUGAAAUAUAAAUGUUCAUCAAUGAAUUCUAAAUCUUGUUGGAUGAUUGAAUGGUCUACUACUUAAAAAUGUUAUUGGGAUGGAUUUGUAUGUACAUAAAUCAAUUACAGUGAUUAUACCACAUUCACUGCAACAUUAUUUCCACCAACAUCAUUAAGUAGAUAUGGAUGUCAAGGAGUAGAAGCAGUUAAAUCAAAUUAUGCAAAGUACUUUAGAUAUUUGGAUACAAAUUAUUGUGCUUUAUAUGUAGUACCUUACAUGUUAACUGAUUGUGAGACUCCAGGAGUCAAUGUUAAUUAUUGUUUAGGAUACUCUAAAAACCUUUAUUGUAAAUGGAAUAAAUUAACUUUGAGUUGUGAAAGAAUAGAAGAUUAUCUAACACUUUUGACUUGUGAUGAAAAUUAAAAUGAAUUAGCUUGUAUUUCUAAUCCUUAUGUUCCAUGUGCCUUUUUGGAUGGAUCAGAUAAAUGUGUAUCCAGUCCUUAAAAUGUUAAAUGUAAUGACUUUUCUCUAGCAUCUUCUCCUUAUUAUGCUAAAGUUAAUGAAUAAGCUUGUAGAAACAUUACAAUGCCUGGUCAAAUUUGUAAAUUCUAUGAACCUUUAAAUUAUUGUAUUUAUUCUAAUGAUUCAUCAACAAAUUGUGAUCUUCCAGGAGUUAAUAGUAUUGGUUGUUAUGCUAGAACAGAAGGUAAUUGUAGAUGGGAUUCAAGUUUAUUAGAAUGUUAUGAAGAAAGUGAUGAAAAUGCUUUAAGUACAUUAAAAUGUAAUGAUAACAUUAAUUUAUACUUAUGUAAGAAUUUAUUGAAUGAUAAUUGUGAAUGGUCUACUACUGAUUUGAUAUGUACUUAAAAAGAAGCAUUAAACAAAGUAAGUUUAACUAAUUUAUAUAAUGCUUAAACUUGUACAAAUUUGGUUGGUGGUGGUUAUUAUUUUAGUAAUUAUAAAUGUCUUGAAGUAUUAACAUCAAAUAAUGAUUGUACUUCUAAAAUAAUGAAUAAAUUUGCUUGUUUAACUAUGACUAAAAAUCAUAGAUGUUUUUUUGAUCCAAAUUAACCUCCUGAAUUAAAAUGUUAAGAAUAUAAAGAAGAAUAAUUAACAUGUUCUACAGAUAAACUUAUUAGUAUUGAUGUAUGUAUGAAUUUACCAGCUACUUGUUAUUUUGAUUUAGAUACUUUAACUUGUAGAUCAAUUGAUAUUACAGAAUCUACUAAAUGUUCUAAUCUAAUUUAAAGCAAUUAAAUUUUUAAUAAAUUAGCAUGUUCUUCAGUAAGUGAAACAUUAACUGAUGCUUCUUCUGAUGAUUCAACUAGAAUAUGUACAAGUGAUCCUAUUGCUGAUAAUGCAUAAUAAUGUUAUUUUGAAUCAUAUUGUUAAUGGGACACUACUAAUUAUGGAUGUAAAUUAGCAAAAAUAGUUAAUGCUCAAUAUAGUAGUAAUUAAAAUGGUGCAUAUUGUUCAUUAGCACCAAUUACAUUUUAAUGUAGUAAUAUAUAUUCUAAAGCUAUUUGUCUUUAAUUAGCUGAUAAUUGUUAUUUUGAUAUCUAAUAAGGUGGUUGUAAUGAUUAUAUUGCUAAUUUAUAUAAAGUUUAAUCUUGUAAUUAAUUAAAUGGAAAUUCUUGUAUAAGUAGUAAAACUGAAAAUGCUUAUUGUAAGAAAAUAGCUUUAGAUGGUUAUGAUUUUACUCCAGCUUGUUCAAUUGAUCCAUCAGUUACUGAUUUAUGUGAUGAUGAUGUUUUUCCAUCAUCUAUUUGUUCAUCAAUUACACCUAUAAAAGCAGAUGAUUGUAUUUUUGCAACUGAUAAAUGUUAUUAUAAAGAUAAUUCUUGUGUUGUACCAUCUAGUACAGAUGUAAUUACAUGUACAACUCCUGGUGUUAGUAGAAGUUUAUGUUUGACUAUAGAUUAGAAAUGUGAUUUUUCAUCAGGAAAAUGUACUAAUCUUACAAUACCUACAUUAAAUAGUGAUUAAUCUAAUUAUUAUUAUGUUUGUAAUGAAGUCAAUUAUUUAAUUACUUAACAUAAAUAAUAUGCAUGUGGUCAAAUAUCAUCAGUUCCUUGUAAAUAUGCAUAAAAUUAAUGUUAAAGUGCUUUCUAUGAUGAUUGUACAAAUUUAAUUGGAAUCACAUCUAAUAAAAAAGCAUGUAUUUAAUGUAAAAACAAAGCUAUGAUGUAUGAUUAUGAAUAAUAAAUUUGUUAAGAAAAAACUGAUCUAAGUUCAUCAUGUGAUACAUUAUUAACUUAAAAUAGUUGUUAAUCUUAAUCUACAAAUUGUGAAUGGAAUGAUUUUAUCAGCAAAUGUGUUGUUAAUCUAUUAAGAAUAAAUUAAAGUAGUUGUAUAAAUCUAACAAAUACAAUAUUAACUAAAUGGGAUAGUUCAACUGAUACUUGUAUUAAAUUGACUUUAAAUUAAGCACAAUAUUCUUCAGGUUGUGUGAGUUUGGGAAAGAAGAGUUGUUUAACAUCAAAGAAUUCAUGUUGGUUUGAUACAUAAACAUAAAGUUGUAUUGAAAUUGAUACAAUACCAUUAUCAUGUAGUGAAAUAAAUGAUGUUGGUGGAUAAUAAUAACAUUGUUUAUUAUCAUUUAAAGAAGCUUGUAAAUGGGAAAAUAAUUCAUGUGUUUCAGCCAAUCUUGAAACUGAUACCUGUUCUGUUAUGAAUAAAUAUGGAUGUCUCAAUAUUAAAUAGAAUAUUUCAUGUGGAUGGUCCAAUGUUAAUGUUGCAUGUAUUAAAUACACAAAUACUAAUUAUUCUGGAUGUAAGAAUUAUAUGUGGAAUAAUAAUUAUUCAUAAGUCAAUCCAUAUUUUUGUUAAUUAUUAUAAGGUAAUGAAUCCUGCUUUUACGAUUUAAAGACAUUCAAAUGUACAAAUGUUGGUUCAACUGAUUUAUAUUGUAGUAAACAUUAAGGUAUCAAUAAAUUGGCAUGUUUAACUAGAACAUUAGAUAAAUGUAAAUUUGAUUCUUCUAUCAAUAAAUGUGUUCCCAUAACUGAAACUGAUACUAACUGCAAUGCAUCUUUGAAUAAGGUAUCUUGUCUUACUGUACCUGGAAAAUACUGCAAAUUUUAUCUUAAUGAAUGUAGUACUUUGACUUUAGCAACUGCAACUGUUUAUGCUAGAGCAACACCACCAAUAGGUUAAACUUAUUCUGCUAAUGCCUGUGUCUAUUAUAAUAAUGCAUUUAAUGAUGCUUAUUUUAUUUAUGAUGAUAAUAAAUAAUAUUGUGUAGAUACACAUUAUUUAAAAGAAUAUCCCAGAAAAUUUAUAGCACUAUGUAGAUCAACAUCAAUAAGUGAGAGAGUGUGUUUGAGAAAAACAAUCAAUAAUUGUAAUUAAUUUAAAUAUAUAUUUAGGUAAAUAUGUUGAUAAUCAAUGUCUGGAUUUAAGUGCAGAUGAAAUAUAAUAAGAAACAUCUUGUAAUUCAGCAUAUAAUUGGAAAGCAUGUAUUUAAAUAAACAAUUUAUGUAAAUUUUUCUAAGGAACCUGUUAAUUAAUUACUGCAACUGAUACUUGUGCUAAUUUAGUAUCUACUGCAAGUAAUCCACUUUAUGUUGGUCCAUAAGUCUGUGCCUUUUUUGCUAAUACUCUAUGCAAAUAUGACUCUGAAGAUUAUGAUUGCAAACCAGCAGCAACUUCUAAUGAAACUUGUUAAACUCCAGGUCUAAGCAAAAAAGCUUGUUUAGAGUCGACUACCAAAUCCUUUUGCUAUUUCAAUGCAAUAACUAAUAAAUGUGAUUAUACUUAUGACAAUACUCUAUCUUGUUAAGAUGAUUAAACUCCUAAGACUUGGUUUCUUAAUAUAGCUAGAUGUUAUUAUCUAAGAAAAGCAGGCACUGUAAUAUUAUGUAUAUUUAUUUUAGACUUGUUAAUUUUUAAAUGGAGAAUGUACAAACUUCCCUGAAAAUAAAUUAGCUGAAUGUAAUAGUGAUAUUAAAACAAAUUUAAUUACUUGUUCUAAAGCUACUGUAGGAUAUUGUUUUUACAUUCCAAGCACUAAUUUAUGUUACAAAGGAACUGCUACUUCAACUAAUGCAUAAGAUUGGAGUAUUGGAUUGUCUUUUAAUAAAAAAGCAUGUUUAAGUUAUUAACAUGCUACUGUCAAAAUUAAUACAAUGUGGGAUGAUAUUAAAGGUUGUGUAGAGGCUACAAGCAAUGAUCUAAAGAAUUUAUAAUGUGAAUCUCCUGUUAAUAUUUAUGCUUGUUUAUCUAUAACUAAUCCAACUCAAUUUUGUCAAUAUGAUUUGGUUGAAUAAAAGUGCAAAUAAUUUAAUUAUAUUGUACCUCCUGGUUAGAUUGGUUUAUGUAGUACUUUGACUAAUGUAAAUAGAUUUGAAUUUUGUUAAUAUGCUAAUGAUGAUUGUGCAUAUAAUUCUGCAACUCGUAAUUGUUAAGCAUUAACAACUGCUGAUUUUACAAUUGCUUCUGCAGCUGAUUGUUUUAAUAGAGGAUUCAGUAAGUCUUUCUGUAUCAAAUUUGCUUAAUGUAAGUAUAGUGAUGAAAGAUAAUUAUGUUAUGGUGGUAGUAUAUUCUGUAAAGAUAAAUCAAUUGAUACAUGUUCAUCUGUAACUAUUGAACCAUGUUGGAUUAAAAAUGAUACAUGUACAGGUAUUUCUUAUACAUAAUUAAAUGCUGUUAAAUGUUCAGAUGUUAUUAAUUAAGUUGGAUGCACUAGUAUUACUAAUCCAGAUUAAAAAUGUUAAUUUAAUAUUUAAACAUCAAUUUGUGAAGAAAUAACUCAAUUAAAUCUAAAAUGUACUGAUUAUAAUUAUGUUAAUACUUAUUCUGUAUGUGAAAAUACUUAAGAUGUUCCUUGUAAAUAUGAUUUUGUUAAUAAAUCUUGUAAAUAAGUAUUAAAAACAGAUAUUUUUGAAUGUGAUCGUGGACUUAAUGAAUAAGCUUGUUAAUUAUACACUAGACCAUCAUUAUAAUGUUUAUUUAAAAACUUCUGUUUUGGUCCUACCUAUGGUGUUAAUUAAUGUUCUGAUUCUAUAAACAAAGAAGUAUGUUUAGGAUAUAAUUAUUAUUGUACUUGGGAUGCUGUUAAUAAAGUUUGUUAAGACUUUGACAUUACUGGUAAAACUUGUUCUGAUUUAUAAAAUACUUAAACUGUUGUUUCUAUUUAAGUUUGUUAUAAUAGUUAAACAAACUCAGGAGCUUGUGUUUAUAAUACCUUUAAUAAUACAUGCAAAUUGAUUUAACCAAUAUCUUGUUAUGAAUUAGAAACUCAAGAAUAAUGUACUUAAUUAUUAGAUCUCCCUUGUAUUUGGGCUAAUAAUAAAUGUUCAUUUAUUUAAUUAAGUACUACUGAUACUUGUAAUUAUAUUGGAAAUGUAGGAUCCAAAAGAGCAUGUCUUGAUGUUAUUAGAUAGGGUUAGAUGUGUCAAUAUGUUAAUAAAACCUGUUAAACUUAUAUAGAAAACUUUAAUGAUGUUAAUUGUGUAGAUAAUAUUAACAAAGUAGCCUGUGUAACCUAAUAGGCUAGUCAAUGUAUGUGGACCACUUAAACAAAAGAAAUCUUUAUUAAUAAAACUGAUAAGAUUAAUUACAUUAAUGGGAUUUGCACUUAAUAUAUACCUAAUUCUUAAUAAGAUUGUAGUUCCUCUUUAAGUUAUGCUUCAUGUUUUUCUGUUACAAAGCCUGGAUCUUUUUGUAGAUGGCUUAAUGGUGAAUGUGUUUCCAUUCCUGUUACAAUUGUUUAAUAAACAAUCUAUUUUAAUACAUAUACAUUAAUUAAUGUAAAUACAUGUGGAUUAGUUAAUAUUAAUAAAGUAAGGUAUUCAGAAUAAUCAAAAUCAUGUGUAAUUCUUAAUGAAAAUGAAGUGAUUUCUUGUAAAUGUGGAUAAGAAACUAAAGGUUUAAAUAUAAAUGCUUGUUUGAGUAUUAAAAAUCAAAAUUGUAAAUGGAACAAUAUAUUGAAAAAAUGUGUUGAAUAAAACUCUAAAUGUGAUUUUAAUUGA